AUGCGUUUCAGUGCUCCUCGUUCAAUAUCGCCAUCGCCAUCGCGGGCUUCCAAGAGACGGACGUUGAAGCAGCGUAGGAGGUCGUCUACUUUCGGCCUGCAAUCCGACUCGGAUGAUUCAGAUUAUGACUCUGACCGAAGCUACGCUUCAGAGCUGUCUGAUUCGGCCUCUGUGGCGAGCUCCAGUUUUUCCUCCUCUGGAUCAUUCAUGUAUAAGUCCGAGUUAGAGGUGCAAACUCAGCCGAGGCCAUCAGAAGCACGCAAUUCCCUGAGCUCCUCUGAACGCCGAUAUGUUGACGAGACGAUUUCUGCUAUACGAUUGCGUACACGACACCAUGACCCCUACGAGGAAUGGGAGAAGGAUACACGACGGGAUGCAUUCCUCUCAGCUCGGAAAGAACAAACCCAGAUUCAACAUCAAUUGAUUGAAGAGCAGGAGAGAUUACGACUACGACAAGCUCAACACAUUGCUGAGCUUCAUGCCCGGCAAGCUGAUGAAGUUGCUAGGAAGUUGCGAGAGCUUCAGCUGCACCAGCAGAGUGAAGAAAGGCGACUGAAGGAGCUGUGGGAUACCAGAGCGAAACAGCAAUGGCAGCGGAUCGAGGGUGUCAUAAAGCAGGAAGAGGACAAGUUGAAGGCAAAGUUAGAGGCGGAGCGGAAGGUCAAGGAGGAAGAGGAGAAGAGACAGAGGGAAGCGGAACUGAAGCGACGACUACUCGAAGAGAAGAAGAGGCAGGAAGAGGAAGCCAAGAAGCGAGAAGAAGAGGAAAGUAAGAGGAAGCAGGAGGAAGAAAGGAAACAGAGGGAAGAGGAGGAGCAGAGGUUACUGAAGGAGCAACAAGAGAAAGAUGAACGAACAAAGGCUGAACGGGACCAGCGGCAGGCCUUGGGCGUAUCGACUGCUUUAGAAGACUGGCGGCAAGCCAGACAAGCUCUCCACCAACUGAAAACGGGGGCUACACGACCAGUAAAGGCCGACAAGGCAGUGAAGUCUGCAUGGAGUGCUUUACGUCGGCAAAUUACACCAAAGAUUGGGCAGUUAACCAAUGAUGACCAGACCAUUAGCCGUAUAGCCAGCCAAAUAUACGGUCUUCUUAUGCCGAACCCAUCACUCCCACAACAGGUCUACUACUCUGCCCUCUCCUCGCUUUCCAAAGCCAUCUUACUUCAAGCCGAAACUGAGGUCACUGCGGAGAAGCGGGCUGCCAUCCCCCUGGCCCGAGUUACACGCCAUCUACUCAGCGCUCUCCCAUCCUUCCACUUCAUCUUCCUUGCCAAACUCGUGCAACGGGUGGGCAGUUGGUCUAUCCCCAUUGUAAUACCCCCCGUUGAUUUCGAUGGCAAACCGUGGAGCGACAAUGCUUCUCGCACGAAGGCUAUGGGGUAUAGGACAAGCGGCGGCGAAGCUUUCGAAAGCAACAGCGAGUACGGAAUACGGAUCUCGGGUAUCAUGCGAGUGUUUUUUCAAAUCCUCGCGAUCCCCGUUUCCCAGACAGACAAGCCGCUUCCACCUUCGUUCCAAUUACCCAGGUUCUGGAUCUGGUUCGCUAGGAUGAUGAGCGAGCCUUCGUUGCUCGUUAGUGCGGUAGCCCCCCAGGUUUUGUUUGUGGCGUUGGAUGUGUUGGGGAGUGAGGCCAAGGCGCUGUGGGGUAUUCAAUGGGUGAAGAUAUUGGGUUUGCUAUACGAGGGGGUUACUGUCGGACUAGGGAAUGGGAAGUUUAUUGGCGGGGACUCGCCUGAAGGCAAGGCGGCGAGGGUUCGCGUGCAACUAGAAGUAGAACGGUUGAUGAGUGGGCAAUGA